AUGAGAGCUGGCUAUGUGCGGACCGCUUUGCGCCACGUACAUUUAUACCAAUCGAAGAAUCUGGCCAAAGAUGGCCUAAAGUUGCAAAGUACUCAGGAUCUUCUGCAAUCGUUGGGGUUUGUCAAGCAAACUCAAAGCGGAUUGGUGCAUUGGCUGCCGCUAGGCCUUCGAACACUGAACAAGAUCAAGGCUAUCAUCAGAAACCGCAUGGAAGCAAACGGGAAAGCUCAGGAAGUGUCACUUAGUCUGCUGUCUCCCAAAGCACUCUGGGAAAAUACCGGUAGAUGGAAUAAUGGAGAAUUGUUCAAGCUGAGGGAUUCUAAGGAAUCAGAUUAUUGUCUUGCUCCUACUUGUGAAGAAGAGAUCACAUCAUUGAUGGGAAGCUACAUUUCCAGUUAUAAAGAUCUGCCUCUGACUGUUUACCAAAUCGGCAGAAAGUAUAGAGAUGAGAAAAGACCCAGAGGUGGUCUUUUGAGAGGCCGUGAGUUUCUCAUGAAAGAUGCAUAUUCCUUCGAUCAAACUGAGCAAGAUGCCAUCAAGACGUUCGAAAACAUGAAUAAUACUUAUGAUUUGAUUUUUAAAGAUCUUCGAGUACCGUUCGUGAGCGCUUGGGCCGAUUCUGGCGCUAUUGGAGGUGAUUUGAGUAAAGAAUAUCAUUUUGUGCACCAGAGCGGGGAAGACACAGUGCUAGAAUGUGAUGGCUGCCACCAGGUUUCUAAUGUCGAAAAAUGCCAUUCUUACCCUCAGGAAACGAAUACUUAUGUCGGAGAUGUCAGCGUACGAUACGCCUUGAAUACGGCGCGCGACACGCUGAUAUGUCUGUACUAUCCAAGUAAUAGGACUCUAAAUUGGAAUCUGGUUUUAGCCGCUAUGGAAAGGGACGUUGACUCUUCGUUGGCAGAUGCCAGUAAUGAGAAAGUUCUACAACUAUUCCAUGCCGAUAAGAGCGAGGACGAUUUGAUGUUUUCCUCGGUAGUCCGUGUUAUGGAUUGCAGACUCAGUUCGAAAUCCAAAUUUCCUGAUUUUCCUUUGACGCAAUACUUGAAGAGUAAUUUCUCUCAGCUAGACGAUGUGAGUUUAGUGGACGCUGAAGAAGGCGAGAUAUGUGGUGCUUGCGAAGAGGGCACGCUCAAAGGCUCCAAAAGUAUAGAAGUGGGACACACUUUUUUCUUGGGGCAAAAGUACUCCAAGCUACUGAACGCCAAGUUUACCACGAAAGACAACACUGAGCAAGUCUGUGAAAUGGGGUGCUACGGAAUUGGCGUCAGCCGUUUAGUGGCUGCAAUUGCACAGGUUACGCGCGAUGAAAUGGGUCUUAGAUGGCCGAGAUCUGUCGCUCCAUUUCAGAUUUCGUUAUGCGCAGCCAAGUCCGACGAGUUACUGGAAGAGGUUGCUUCCUCGCUACAAACGUGGAACUCCGACACCUGGAUCAACCAGGAUGCGAAGGCGAACCUGGGCCGAAAAAUAGCCACCAGUCACAGUCUGGGUAUUCCCGUGUGUGUGAUUGUGGGGAAGAAGCAGUGGCCGUUUGUGAAGCUAGAAGUGCGUGCACCUUACAUGACAGAUAAAUGGCGCGCUUCGCAGAGUCAACAUCGGGACGCAUGGGGCUGGGAGUGUGACGACAGUGCCGAAACGGGGACCGUUUCGGAGCCCGUUCAGAAACACACGGUCCACAAGGACCAUCUAAAAGACGUGGUAGGCGUGAUAUUAACAGAUAUGUAA